CAAAAAAUUGGUACCUCUAUUUUUUUUGUAAAGCUUAUGUUUCGCCUUAGUGACACUGUGACAACAAUGAUUUUAAGAAUACAUUUCUGAUUUAUACUCACUCAGUCCGUUGUACCUGAUUGUUAGUAAUUAUGCAUACAGUGCUGCAUAAGUAAUAGUUCAUGUAUAUAUCUAUUUGCCGCUAUUUUGUGUUUUAUAUUUAUGUAUAGCAGCUAUAACCCGACCGAGUUGAAUAUGUCGCGAGGAAAGGAAGCGCUACGUUCCAUUUCAUUUCAUGAGGUCUUGCAAUCGAUUGAAUAUCUAUUCUUAAUUUGGUACCAGUCUACUAGCUAUCAGGAACUUAAGUAUUGUUGACCUUAUGACGGAAUUUCUUGUAUGAUUUAAAAUUUGGUGGUAAUUACAUCCAAAACUUAAUGAAUGUUCUCGGUAAAAAAAAUAAAUGUAAAAAAAAUCGAAAUGGAACGUUUUUUAGUCUAUGGUGUUUUAUACGCUUUUUCCGAAUUAGUUAAAUUGGAGAAUCGUAAUUACACUCUGUGAAGUGCGAAGUCAAAAUGCAUGCAUAUUGACGACUACAUUUUAUUAUUGGUCUCGUUACGAUAUUUGUGUAUAACUUACGAGUUCAUUGUGAAAUCUGAUAUAUGAAAUGGCGGCCGAAGUGCCUGUAAGUGUUGUAUUAUGUGAAGCAAUGGAGUAUCUGUCUAAACUUGGUGCUAAUCUACGAACUCGGUCCGAAAAUUUGAAAGACAAGAGAAUUAAUAAAGACAAACUAAAGAAUGCUCAUGCUGUUCAUAAAGCUGCCUCUAAGGUGCUUCUUAUUUGCGAACUGUCAAAAAAGUCUCUAGAAAAAGUUGAAAACUGUGUUCAGAGUGUAAUCUCGCGAGUUGACGCAUCUCAAGCUCCAUCGAAUGUUGGCGGGAAAAGUCAAGAGAAACCAAAGUUUUACUAUUUCGAAUAUGACACACAUAAAUUACGAAUAUCUAAGAAAAUUUCAAUAAAACAUUAUACAUCAGCUAAAGUAGUCGCCAAAAGUAUGACUAUUUCAAUGCAUGAUAAUUAUCCUGUUUAUUACGAUUGCAAACUAAAGAGACUCAGGGUAGGAACUUCAGACUUCAAAAGUCGUAAAUUGGCAAAUAUUGAUUUUGAAACUAAUCAGGGUAAAUCUGACUCCAAUCAAAAUGAAAUUGUUGAUGUAGAAUCUGAUGAUGCAAAAACUGAAAUGGCUGAGAAUUCAAGUGAUGUUACAAAAUCUACACAAAAUACUGCAGAAUGUACCAGUACCAACAGUGAUAGGAGAAAACCAUUGAGAAUUAUGAGCAUCAGUGACACUGAAGAUGACAUUGUACCUUUAGCGACUAAAUCCUCAAAUUCUGUCUCAACUGAAGAUAGUGUAAGUAAAUUAGUAAGUGAUGAAAAUAAAAGUGAAGAUAGUAGUGCCACAACUGAAAAUAAUAAUGUUGACCAUACUGAAUCCUUGGUUAAAGAACACAGAGAGUCUCAUUCUGGGCCAGAGGAUGGAAAGGUUUCCACAGAAGAAAGUAGUAAAAAAAAAUCUACAAAGGUGGUCCAAUCACAAUAUUUUUUAACAGAAAGAAUACAGUGAAAAAAUCCAAAACAAAUGGACAACAAAAGAAUUCAAGUCAAAUACUGCCUGUAGAUGACACCAAUAGUGAAGAAGAUUUUAAAAGCAAUAAAAAUAAAGAGGCACAAAAAGAGAAUAAACCUGCAAGUAAUGAAGCAAAUUGCAGUAGUGACAAUCUUGAACCCAUCAAAA